UGUCUGAGAACUUUAGCAAGUCCAUAGCCAUGGAGGGAACAACACAACUGAAAGUUAGAUCUAUAUAUUCCUUUGCUUUGUUACUAUUAUUGAGUUUGAAACUACUUGUUACAAAGGCACAAUCACUAAACUACGUGGGAGAUGAUUGCCACAACACCACCGAAGAAGCUCUCAGCAGUGCAUACCAAAGCAACCUUAACAACAUUCUCGUAUGGCUAUCCUCUGAUGCAGCCACAAGCAAAGGUUAUAACCACAACAGCAUAGGGAACAACACCAGUGGUGGUGAUGAUGCUGUGUAUGGCCUCUAUGAUUGCCGUGGUGAUGUGGUUGGAUACUUUUGUCAAUUCUGUGUCUCUACUGCCAGAAGAGAAGUUCUUCAGCGCUGCCCCAAUAGAGUAUCUGCUAUCAUAUGGUAUGAUUUCUGCAUUCUAAGGUAUUCUAAUGAAAACUUUUUUGGGAAUGUUACAACAUACCCAUCAUGGCAUGAAGUUGGAUCAAGAAACACUUCUAGUGCAGUAGAGAUUCAGAAAGGUGAGGAUUUUAUGAGAAGUUUGAUAAGAAAAGCUACUAAGGAGACCAACCAAUUGUUCUAUAUGGAUGGCUUCAAUUUGAGUUCCACUGAGCGAAGGUAUGGCUUGGUGCAAUGUAGUAGAGAUCUCACAAAUGAGGGGUGCAGGCAGUGUUUAGAGGCCAUGUUAGCACAAGUUCCCAAAUGUUGUGAACAAAAGGUGGGGUGGCAGGUUUUGGCUGCAAGUUGUCUCAUAAAGUAUGAUGAUUAUAUUUUUUACCUUUUUCACAAUCAAUCUUCACUUCCUGUGCCUAAUAAGCAAACAGCCAAACAAGGGCGUAUCAAUAAGUCAAGAAUCUUAAUCAUUUGCUUAAGUGUGCUGGGGUCAGUAGCUCUACUUUGUUUCAGUGUAUUCUGCUUCUGGUGCAGGAAUAGAGCUAGAAAAGAUGUGCAGAUCCCUCUUCCCAUUCCUCUGUCUUCAUAUCACAAUGUUCAAACUGAGGAAACACUGAAUCCAGAGCUGCCAACAAUCCCAUUAAUCACAAUUCUACAAAGUACUGAUAACUUUUCAGAAGCAUCAAAGUUAGGGGAAGGUGGAUUUGGCCCCGUUUACAAGGGAAUUCUACCAGAUGGAAGACAAAUUGCUGUCAAAAGGCUCUCAAAAGCUUCUGGUCAAGGCUCGGAGGAGUUCAAAAAUGAAGUAAUGUUUAUAGCUAAAUUGCAACAUCGAAACCUUGUAAGACUUUUGGCAUGCUGCUUGGAGGAAAAUGAAAAGAUUCUUGUAUAUGAGUAUAUGCCGAAUGCAAGUCUCAAUUUUCACCUGUUUGAUGAUGAAAAGAAAAAGCAACUAGAUUGGAAUCUAAGGUUAAGCAUUAUCAAUGGAAUAGCAAGAGGUAUUUUAUACCUUCAUGAGGACUCCCGACUCAAAGUUAUCCAUAGAGAUCUCAAAGCUAGCAACAUUCUACUAGAUGAUGAGAUGAAUCCGAAAAUAUCAGAUUUUGGAUUGGCAAGGGCAUUCGAAAAAGGCCAGAACCAAGCAAAUACAAAACGAAUAAUGGGCACUUAUGGGUACAUGGCUCCAGAGUAUGCUAUGGAAGGAUUAUUUUCAGUGAAAUCUGAUGUUUUCAGCUUUGGAGUUCUUGUUCUAGAAAUCAUUUGUGGUAAAAAGAAUAGUGGAUUUUAUCUGUCAGAAUGCGGUCAAAGUCUUCUUUUAUAUGCUUGGAGAACAUGGUGUGAAGGAAAUUGUUUGGAAUUGUUGGAUCCAGUUCUGAAAAACUCUGGCAUAGACAGUGAAGUUGUGAAGUGCAUACACAUUGGUCUGUUGUGUGUUCAAGAAGAUGCAGCAGAUAGACCAACCAUGUCCACUGUUAUUGUAAUGCUUGCAAGUGAGACAAUGUCCCUUCCAAAACCCAACCGGCCAGCAUUUUCUGUUGGAAGAAUGACCUUCGAGGAAGCAUCUACUUCAAAAAGUUCCAAGAAUCUUUCCAUUAAUGAUGUAACAGUCUCUAACAUUUUACCAAGGUAGUGGAAACUUGGACACAAACCACAGUAUUUUGGCAAAAUUAGUGUUUUCU